AUGGCGUCGCCGUCACUUUUGGACUUGGAGCCGAGGAAUCGGCUCCCCACUCUGUUUGAGGUCCUCAGUCGUCGCACUUUGGCUCCUGUCGAUCUAUUCUCUUUCUACAUAUACAUGCGAGACCAACAGCGCUCAGUCGAUUACUUGGAUUUCUGGCUCGAUGUAUCACAACAUAUGUCGCUAUGUCGCCAUUAUGUCCGCGAACUGCGUCGGUCUGUCUUAGUUGCGACGCCUGAUCUUGAAAAAGCAGAUAGUAAAGGCUCAUCCGCCGCUUUGGAUAACUUGGAACAUCUUGGCGAUAUCCCGCUUACAGAAGCUGGUCCCUCGAGCUUGCGCCGGGGCUUUCGCGACUACGACGACAAGGACGCCGAUCAAAGGCUGUCGGCCUUCCUUCGCUCUGAUGGCCACACAUCCCAGCAUUCGCCGCAGAGUAGCCUCGGGUCGCAGAAUGCUGCUCGCCUUCCUUCCAAUGAGCAACCGCCUCGUCCAAGCUCCGGAACACAGAACGAAUCGAAUUCCCCUGGCCAUACAGUCACACGACACGAUAUUCGCGCGUCUGCAGAGAAGAUUCUCUACACAUAUCUACUGCCUGGUGCUGAAAGAGAGAUUGUGCUUCCGGAGGAAAUGGUAUCAACGAUAAUCAAUUUGAUUGAGGAUGACGGGAGAGACGAUCCAGAAGUGUUUGACCCUGCCAAAGACUAUGUUUUCCAAGCAAUGGAACGCGACGCAUACCCUGGGUUUUUGCAGGCAAAAGCCUUGGGUAACCUUGUGCCAUUGACCAUCAUGAUACGCUUAGCUUUGGCUUUGAUUAGCUUUGGCGGUGGUUUCUGGGGUGCCUUCUACGUCGUCCUUCGUGACAAGCCACGGCAUAUUCGUUGCUGGUAUAAGAUCGACCCGGUAAUGGCGUAUCUGGGGUACAGCGAAUACACGUUCAUGAACUGGGCUCCAAUCCGCGAGCCUUAUGUUCGUAAGCUCCUAAAUAAACGAGCCACUGCAACGUUAUUCAUCGCUCUACUGGUCGCUGCCGCUCUGAGCAUUCUGUUCAUUUUCGUUCCCGGUACUAUGCUUUGA